AUGUCCCGCAGCCAGAUUUCGGACCCGAAGCGCGGCAAGACCCUCGCACAGCGCGCUGGCGAAUACCCCGGCAGAGACGCCGCACACUCAACACACCCUUCAACGGCAGCAGCGGCUGGCCACAAUGCUGCUGCUGGUGCUUCUGGCCUCACGAGAGCGGCCGGCUCGGACGUCGCGAUGGAGCUGUGUGCAACCAGCGUCGACGUCGACGUCCUCCGCAUUGCUCACUGGAUCUGUGUCCAUCUUUACCGUGCCUCUCGACGAGCUCUGCGUACCAUCAUCUGCGUCGCCCCGCGGUUGUCUACCCUGCCGGGAUUGCUGUUUGCCCUGUCGCUGCACUGGGACCACACCGACGUCCAUCAUCCAGGCCUGCACCAAGAGAGACAGCUCACCAUGAUCCGCCUCGACUCUCGACGACAGCUUCAGCCAUUUCAACCGCUGCCACCUGGUCCUGGCCCGACCUACUUCCGCACCACCUCUGGCCGCUUCCAGCUAUGUCUCGGCAGCCAGAGCGACAACGGCAGCUCCCGGGGCGUUCGUCUGUUGGUUGAUGCAGAGGUGCACCAGGCGACUACGGAGGCGUGCAUCACGGACAUCACAGACGACAUCGGGGACAGGGAUGACAUGCUUUCUGUACCACAGGCUGCUCGUCACAAAACCGACCUGUGCCUAUGCUGA